AUGAAAUUUCUAUCAAUAAAACUUGUUAAACUUGCUGGAAGUUCAGACCUCAACAGUUGCGCUUCAUUUAUCAAGUUAGCACCAUUGCAAAAUACAACUAACCCACAAUCAGUCUUAGAUGCUUAUUGUGCCGCACCGAAAUGUAGUGAUAAUACCACUUCUGCCGAUACUAAUGAACUUAAAACUCAAUGUGCAACGGAUCUUUCCGCAAAAGAUCCUAACGCUAUAACCGUAAAACAAUUUCUUAUUUUCAAUUCCCCGUUAAGGGAUACCUUCCCACCUGAAUCUACGAGUGAAUUAACAAUUAAUCUGACGUCUCUUCAAACUCUUGCUACAUCUAAGUGUAAUGCUUCUUUCUUAGAUGGAACUGUUCCAACCCCUACUAGUUCUUCUUCACCCACUGGUUCUGCAAAAAGUGGCGGUAUCUCUAUGCACGCUACAUCUUUUAUUGGCUUUACAAU